AAAACGAAAGAAACUGCAACCAGCUAUGCAGUUGCCUGCAGCGUACUGAACAGUAUGAAGAGCCACAUUGCUCCAUUGGUUCUCCUACUCGGAUUCAUUUGUGCGGCUCUAAUUGCUGCCCAUCCGCACGAGCUAAUUGAAGAUUCGACUGAUUCCAACUAUGAGUCCUUGGAGGAAUCUGGCAGUGGCUACAGCAGUGCCGAGGAGUUCAUGAAUGCAAUGGGCGAGCUAGUCAGACGCUGGCAGGAGUACGAUGCAGCUCACGAGAACUCAACCGACUACUACGAUGAGACCACCUUGGAUGUUAUGGAUAUUACUACCGAACCGGCGAUUUAAUUUGGAAAUUAUUAGUAUUGCUCGUAGUGCUAAGUCAGUCCUUCCUAUUGUCUGUGAAUAAACUAGUUCUUCAAUAAUAAAUAUUAAGUAAAAUAAUAGUAGUGAAAGUUGAAAGAGCCACCCAACUGUACAUCACAUCGAUGUACUUAUAUGAGUGGGUUGAAAAUCAA